UCUCGGGACCGUGACGUAAGGCUGCAGUUGCGGGCCUUUUGAAACGGAAGGAAUGGAAACGAGGGAGGGCGCGGCGGCAGCGGCUCCUCUCGACGGCUUCGCUGAAGAGACGUCAGCAGAAGCCCGAAGGCUCGUCGGCGAGGAGGGGCAGGAGAAGCUGGACCCGGUGCCGCUUUUAAGAUUAAAAGAACAAAUAAACCAACAACUUUUGGAAUAUAAUACAACAAUUAAUGCAAAUGACGAAAUCAUUACGGAUCAAGUUACUGAUGAAAAGGCCAUUGUGUGUGCAAUAGAAGACUUGGGAAAGGAAUUGGAAGAAUUGAAGCUAUCACACAAACACAAAACUUUGGCAUUACAAAGGUUGCAAGUAAAUGAUGCACUUAGAGCCAAGCUGAGGAACAAUGAUGACAACUCAAAGUUGAUCUGGGAGACUAUAGAACACAUUAUGAUGCUUAGUACUGCAGUAAUUAAAUCAAAGCAGCAGUCACGUGAACUGGAAGAAAAAUUGAAUGAAGUUAAGCGGAGAAAACAACCACUAAGGCAAGCAAUAGAUUGCAAACUAGCAGAUAUACAUAAUAUGAAAAUGAAACAAAAAGAGGAACUGGAGAAUAUGGAAGUGAGUGAAAUGUUGAAGAAGGCCCGUGGAAAACUGCAAAAGGAAAUUGAGAUGACGACAUUGAUUCAAAACAUCUUCCAGAAGCUCAUUACUGGAAGUCAGGUCAAUUGGCUAGAAGAUCCAGCUUUGAAGGAAAUUGUUCUGCAACUGGAGAAAAAUGUGACUAGAAUGUGAAGAAGAAGCAGAGCAGUACAUUUUCUAUGGUUUGCUAAUUCAGAGGAGAAGCAGUAGUCUGACAAGCUAUUGUGACAAAGAGGUGUGUUUUCAUAAUCAUAACUGCAGUGGCGCUUAAUUAUAUUGAUGCACAGAUGGACUUGAGAACUUCCUGCUGUAAAAUAUGGUGCCUGACUUAAUGGCUAGAUUUGUUUGCUCUACCUUGGAAGAAGCAUUCCAGUUUUAUGGAAGGAGCUAUUAACAGAGAGUAUUGUACUGUAACUGCAACAUUAUUCCCAUCGCCUCCUCAAUUGCCAAAGAAAUUAUUGGCUGUUGCCUUGGAAUGAAAACAGAGCAAUAGGUUUGCCUUUUAAAUCUUGUUUCCUGCUGGGAAGGCAGGAUUGCCUUUCCUUACAUUUGGACUUUCUUUACCACCUAUAACUAGCACAUCAUUUUUAUGUGUGACAGUGGAAAGCAGCUUAGCAUUUUGAGGGAUCAUUUUUGUAAUGUUAAAUGGAUUUCCAAAGCCAUUUCACUACAAUGGUAUGUUAUACAUGUUUAGUUAACUGUUGUGCAUUUAAAUAGUUGGCUGCUGCUAUUAUUGCAGUGCCAUCAAUAUACAUGUAACAUUGUGUAUUUAAGUGUUUCAUAAAAAAAAGUUAGAUGCCUGACUCCAAGGAACUUAAAAUCUAAAAUUAUGAGGAACAUAAUGAAGGGAAGGACAGGGGUAAAGAAAUGUUACUGUAGCAUGACCAUAGGUUAGAGUUCUAGUAUUGUUUAUACAUGUUAUGCCAUAGUAUUGGCUGCUUUUACAGUGAAAUAAAACAGCUUUGUGUGUUCUCCUAUAUGGUUUGGAGGGUUCAAACCUCUUACAAGCUUAGCACUCAUGGGAAUAAUAUGUGGCCCUCUUAUGGAAGGAUGGUUAUUGGUUUGCUUUGCUUUUAUUGUGUAUUUUGCAUAUUCAUUUUGUAUUUUUAUGUUGUGAACUGUUCUGUGGUCCUCAGAUGAAGGGUGAUAUAUAAAUAAAAUAAAUAACUCUUGUAGAUCAGGAAUGGUUCUAUAAAGGGAGGGGGGUAACAAGUGGAGUCCCCCAAUGAUUGGCUUUUGGAGCUGUGCUUUUAACUUGUUUAUAAGCAAUCUGGAGCUAGGAGUGAGCAGUGACAUGACCAUGUUUGCUGAAAAUACUAAGUUGUCCAGGACAUUAAAAUAAAGGAGGGAUUGCACAGACCUCCCAAAGAACCCAUCCUAACUGAGUGAAUUGGUAGUAAAAUGGCAAAUGCAUUUCAGGAUAAACAGUUGUAGAGUGAUGCAUUCUGGGGCAAAAAUAUAUAUAUUUCACAUAUAUGCUCAUGGAGUAUGAACUGGUGGUGAUUGGCCAGGAACAAUAAUAAAAAAAUAAAUACACAAGAUCUUGCGGUCAUGUUGACCCACUACGUAGCAGUUGCAAAAAAUGUAACUUCCAUGCUAGGGAUCAUUAGGAAAGAAUUAAAAAUACAGCUGCUGAUAGCAUAAUGCCAUUAUACAAAUCUAUAUUGCAAAUUAUACAAAUCUAUAUUGUAUUCCUACUGUGCAUAGUUCUGGUUGCCUUACUUCAAAAAUGUUAUUGUUGAGUUGGAAAACGUUCCAAAAAGUGAAAAGCAAAAUGCUCAAGGAAUUGGAACAAUUCUCCUAUAAGGAAAGGUUGCAGCAUUUGGAGGUGUUUUUUAAUUUAGCUAAUAGGUGACAUGAUAUAAAUGCGUGUGAUAAUGCCAUGGAGAAAGUGGAUCAAGGCAAGUUAUUCUUCCUCAUAACAUUAGACUUGUGGCUAUCCUAUGGAGCUAAAUGUUGGAAGAUUCAGAACAGACAGAAUAAAGUACCAGUACUUCUUCACGCAGCACAUAUUUAAAACCAUGGAAUUUGGUCCCACAAGAGGCAGUGACGGCCACCAAGCCAGAUGGUUUAAAGGAGAAUUUAGGCAAACCUUGGAGGAUAAAGCCUACUGAAGGCUACCAACCAUAAUGGCUAUGCUCUCUCUCUCUCUCUCUCCACUGUGGAAGCUAUACUACAGGAUGGGAGAGAGCAGUUCUGCUUGCAGACUUGCCGUAGGUAUUGUUAUAAGAAUUUAAGGUCUCAAAUAUGUAAAUUAAAUAUACAAGGCAAACACAUACCGUACACAAAUACAUAAACCACAUGUCUGAAACAGUACAGGAAGGCAGUCCUGAAACCAUUUUGACUCCCAAACUGACCAAAUGUUUCUCUGCAAGGAUGGAGGAAAUGCUCACCAAUCCUGCCUUAAGGGCACAUUUAAGGUGUGAAUAGGGUGAGCCUGUGACCUGUAUUCAGAAAUUGAGCACAGUGGUACCGGUACCUCGGGUUACAGACACUUCAGGUUAUAGACGCUUCAGGUUACAGACUCUGCUAACCCAGAAAUAGUACCUCGGGUUAAGAACUUUGCUUCAGGAUGAGAACUUAAAUCGUGCGGCAGCGGCUGUGGGAGGCCCCAUUAGCUAAAGUGGUACCUCAGGUUAAGAACGGACCUCUGGAACAAAUUAAGUUCUUAACCUGAGGUGCCGCGGCCGUCUUCGUAAGUCGAGGUUUUUGGAUGUCGAAGUGCGCGGCCGGCGCAUACUUAAAGCGUGAUUUUGCACUUCUGCGCAUGUGCGAAAAGACUUCCUCCGGGGUUGUCGACUUUGGAAGUUGAAACCUUCGGAAGUCGAAGCGUUCAGAUGUCGAGGUAUGACUGUAGUAACAAGAGUGG